UAGACUAGCUGACUCAGUUGUCAGUAUCGUACCGGCAAGUGAUUGGUGAACGUCGAUCGAGCGUAUAGUUAGCGAACAACCUGUCAACGUGAGCUUCGGCAAUUCAAGUUCAUAAUCAAACGUCAAUGGAUCAACGAGAAAACCGCGAGGAAAUGUCAAGGCUCCAGUUGCUGUUCAUCAACCGGCAGGAGAACCUGAAGCGUACUUACUAUGAUCUGCUGAACUUACUGAACCGCGACUUCGGCCGGGGUCCACAGUCGGAGCUGUUGCCGCUGUCAUCGCUUAACCGACAACGUGACCACGCUAUGGAGCCAAGGAACCUGUUGCAGCAACGCGAGAACAAGAUCUCGUCCGCGCCACCGGUGAACAAGGAGGACCUCCAGGUGGUGCUGGACGUGCAGCACUUUGAGCCGCAGGAGAUCGAGGUGAAGGUCGUGGACGAUUGUCUCGUCGUCACGGCCAAGCAUGAGGAGAAGCGAGACGAGCACGGCUGGGUGUCACGCCAAUUUGUCAGGCGGUACCAGCUGCCGGAGGACUCGAACGUGGAGCAACUUACGGUCAGGUUGUCCUCGGACGGGCUUCUGACGAUCGUCGCGCCUAAGAAACGACCGGAGAAGGAAGAGAGAGAAUGACGGAUGAUCCCAAUCGAAUGCACAUGCAAGCCCUUCGUGAACAAGGAGACCAAAGAGAGCGACGAGGAGAAGACCGAGUGAGAAAUCAGGUCUUUGACAUAAUCAAACUACUCUGUUUGUCUACCAAACUACUAUUGUAUUUCUCUGAGUGUUCAUUAGCCUGUGAUAAGCGAUUAAAUUAGAUGACAAUGUGAUCAUAGUAUAUAGCGUUAUCUGUUAUGUUUAUGUUAUUCCUAAAAGUUGUAUGUAUACUUUAAUACAUUUAUAAUAUUUGGAGAAUUAUAUUAAUUUCUGUGCAAAUGAUACCUACAAGCCUCUUUAGAUAAACUUUAAAUAAACUUUAUAUUAGCUAUUUUUAUAUAUUUUGUUAAAGUUAUGCUAAAUUAAAUGCUUUAGAAUACUUUCUAUCCUGUCACUUCUUUCAAAUAAUUACAAAGAAGAAAUAAAUAAAAAUAAAGAAAAAAAUAGUAUUUUGUAAUAUUUGUAGCAUUAGGUAUUAAUUAACUUGACCGAUAAAAUGUUCAAUUCCAGUCUAGAAUAUGGGAGAUGUAUUAUUGAUCAUGUACUGUAUUUGCAAAUAUCCAAUUAAAAUAGUUUUGUAAGU